GUACGGUAGAUAUUUAUGGAUUAGUUUAUCAAUCCCAACAAACGAACCUGAGGUCCGCCGUUAGACGGUGGUCAGAAUAACCAUCAACUUCCGGUAGAAAUGGAAGAAUCAAAGGAGGCAAACAAUAAAAAAUCUAGCAUAUUGAUAAUCGGAGUAACCGGUAGAUUGGGUUUUGAACUCGCCAAAGCUAGUCUUGAAGCAUCUCAUCCUACAUUUUGUCUCGUCAGACCCUCCACUUUCUCCGACGCCGUCAAGUCCCGGAAGCUUCAAAUCCUCACCGAUUCCGGCGCAAUUGUUCUCCAGGGAUCAUUGCAUGAUGAAGGGAGUCUUGUUGAGGCAAUCAAGCAAGUGAAAGUUGUGAUAUGCGCAGUAAAUUCAAAACAAGUCCUUGAUCAGAAACCUCUCAUUUCCGCCAUUAAGAAAACUGGAUGCAUUCAGCGAUUUAUUCCAUCAGAAUUUGGAUUGGAUCCCGAUAAAACUCAUAUAUCCGAAAUGGAUCAAGGCUUUUAUUCAAGGAAAUCUGAAAUUCGACGACUUGUAGAAGCUGAAGGCAUUCCUCACACAUACAUUUCUUGCAACUUUUUCAUGAGUUACUUGAUUCCGUCUCUAGUUCAACCCGGCCUCAAGUCCCCUCCAAGGGAUAAAGUCACCAUAUUCGGAGAUGGAAACGUCAAAGGUGUUUUUGUGAAGGAAAGAGACGUUGCUGCAUUCACGAUUAGUACAGUGGAUGACCCGCGCACUCUAAAUAAGGUUUUAUAUCUGAGACCACCAGGAAACGUAUACUCCAUGAACGAAUUAGUUGAGAUAUGGGAACACAAGAUCAGGAAACAGCUUGAGAAGAUUUAUGUUUCUGAAGAAGAUCUUUUCAACAAGAUCAAAGAAACACCCUAUCCGGACAACAUGGAAAUGGUUUUCAUAUACGCGGCGUUUGUGAAAGGGUUUCAGACAUGUUUUGAGGUGGAGGCAGCUGGUGGCGUUGAAGGGUCAGCGUUGUAUCCUCACUUGAAGUAUACCACCAUAAGCAGCUAUUUAGACACCCUGCUAUGAUUGUGUUAGUUUCAAGUAUCACUUAGGUGGAUUUUUAAUGCAAAAUAUAACAAUGGGUUGUGAGUUUGAAUGUCAGAAUUACCGAACUCACCCUUUGUUUUGUUUUAUCAUGAACAUAAUAUGUUAAUUAUUAGCGUUAA